AUGGGCGGCCAUCCCAGACGGCCGCGCUGGGCUGCCGGGUCCGCCGUGGCCCUGGGCGGCCUGGCCUGCGUCGUGGCGGCGUCGUUCCGCUCGUUGCUCAUCGACCCCCGGUCCGCCGUGCGCUCCGCCGCGGACCGCUGGAUCAGGUUCGCGGCCCCGCCCGGCAAAACGCUCGCGUCGACGGUGGCGCUGGACGCGUCGGCGUUCCUGGCCUUCCCCGCCGUCGUCGAGAUGCUCGACCUCAAGGGCGUCGCGGCGGCGGACCUCUACGACUACGUGCCGCGAAAACUGACGGCCACGUUUCGCAACGCGGGCGCCGAGAUCGAGGGCGCGAUCGGCCGGAGCGCGCUCGGCGGCUGGGUCGCUUUGUCGCUGAGCUUCGGCAACAAGGCGUCCUACGUCGUCGUCGUCGACUACGCCAGCGGCAACCUGACGGCCGUGGCGCCGACCUACGGGAAGAUUUUAGCGCAAAAGGGCCUCCGAGGUUACGUCGACGCGACGAACACCUACGGCCCCCGGGGCCUCAAGGUCUACAACGCCUCGAGCCUCCUCGUCGCCCUCGGCGCGAACGCGAACAAGGGCCCCCGCGCCAUCUGGAAUUUCGUGGAAGACACGUGGACGAUCCUCUGCGCCGGCGGGUCGAACGACGCGCACGACCUCCAGCUGUCCUACGACGGCUCCCAACUCUGGCAGGCCGACGGCCGCACGGCCGUCGAGGCCUGGGACGUGGCCAGCGGCGACGUCGUGGCGUCCUUCGCCGAGGUCGACGUCGAGGACCCGAACCACGUCCAGGUCACGGACGAGGACGCCGUCGCCUACGUCUCGAGCCGCCAGACGGACGGCGUCGUCAAGAUGAAGACCGACGGCACCGUUUUGUGGACCCUGGGCGGGCCCAACGGCGACUUCAACGUCACCUUCGGCGACGACCACUACGCCGCGGGGUCGUCGCUCUGGGUCGGCCAGCACAACGCGGA